CUACUAACUAAACACGUGGUCCAUGUUUCAAUAAACGCAUCGUUUCACCUGUCAUUUCCCAAUUCUCUUGCACAGCUCCUUCUGUAUAAAAACUCCUCUCUCUCUCUCUCUCCAGAGAAAAGGAACCAUCUUUAGUUUUCCGACAAUGGCGGCUACUACAUUGAACAACUCCUCUUGUCUUCUCCAACCCAAGUCCGGCUCCACCACUCGCCUAAACCCUUCUUCUCUCCUCAAGCCCUGUCCGAAUCCGACCAGAGUUUCGUUUUCGGGGAAGAGUCGUGGACAUGUCGCUACGAAAGCUUCGAUUGAAAUGGCGCAUUCGAACUCGACACCUGCCGCUGUUGUCAACUCCUCGAGUAAGCAAAAGGGUCCCAUCAUCGUGAUCGAUAAUUACGACAGCUUCACUUACAAUCUCUGUCAGUAUAUGGGAGAGCUAGGAUGCCAUUUUGAAGUUUACCGCAACGAUGAACUUACUGUGGAGGAGCUGAAAAGUAAAAAUCCAAGAGGGGUGCUGAUUUCUCCUGGGCCUGGUACACCACAAGACUCUGGGAUCUCCUUGCAGACUGUUGUGGAACUUGGACCACGUGUUCCUUUGUUUGGAGUAUGUAUGGGUUUGCAGUGUAUAGGAGAAGCUUUUGGAGGAAAGAUUGUAAGGUCACCGUAUGGUGUAAUGCAUGGGAAAAGCUCCAUGGUUCACUAUGAUGAGAAAGGAGAAGAAGGUUUAUUCUCUGGAUUAUCUAAUCCUUUCCUUGUAGGUAGAUAUCACAGCCUCGUGAUCGAAAAGGAUACAUUUCCCAGUGAUGAACUCGAGGUUACUGCGUGGACAGAAGAUGGUUUGGUUAUGGCGGCUCGACACAGGAAGCACAAGCAUAUACAGGGAGUUCAGUUUCACCCAGAGAGUAUCAUAACAACUGAAGGCAAGACAAUUGUCCGCAAUUUCAUUAAACUUGUAGAGAAAAAGGAAGCUGAGAAGUUGACUUAGAGCUUUCAUGAAUCAUAGAUAAUCAUCUGUGUACGAAUAGUGUCUCUGUUAUAAAGUUUGCCAAUGCAAAACGUUCCUUGUCAUCUUCCCAUUAUUUCUAUCAAUAAAAAUAACAAAUUCACAUGCA